GACAGAGACCCAGACGCAGAGGGAGCGUGAAGACGUGCUUACAAGCCAGGACACAAUGUGGCUGCUUCUCCUACUGUAUCAGCUUGGCCUGAUUCUCCACAGCUGUGCCCAGAAUCCUUGUUUUACAAACCCUACAUUCAGAGAGCCAGCCAACUCAGAUAUCACGGUCGUUUGUGGCCCACACAGGAUUGAUCUGCGUAUUCUGCUGUGUCCCAUUUACUUUGGAGGAUAUAAUGAAACACUGAUGGCUCUGAACAGUGUCUUCAACAAACCAGAAUGCAUGGGGACCCCGGUGUGGUCUGUAGACCCCCCUAUCCUCCGAUUUCAGUUUCCUAUCACUGAGGCAGCCAUCAGUGCGUGUGCUACUAAAAUAAAGAUCACCCAGGAGAUUGGUUCGGGGAUCUUCGCAGACUAUUCCAUUGUCCAGUAUGUGAACAUCUUGGGAAUUGUGAACUCACUGGACCCAGGUGCUGGAAUAAUUACCUAUCAUUCUGAGAUGAUUUACUUGUUCUCCUGCCGAUACCCACUGCAGUACCUGGUCAACAACACAGAGACCAGCGUAUCAGGAGUGAGCCUGGCCAUUAAUGACAAUAAUGGCAGUUUCAUUCAAACUCUUAAUAUGAGGCUGUAUGAGGACAAUAAGUACACAACUUAUCUCCAGAUACCCCCAUCAGGAAUGCAACUGAAAACCAGGAUUUAUGUGCAGGUUCGGGCCACUAACCUCACAACAAGGUUCAAUGUUAUGCUGGAUCGAUGCUAUGCCUCCAUCAGCCCAUACCCUAUAAACACCACAUACUACGAUCUUUUUGUGGGGUGUACCCGUGAUAGUCAGACUGUGAUGGGUAUCAAUGGUGUUAGUCAAGAGGCUCGCUUCUCCUUUGAGGCCUUUCGGUUUGUUGAGCACAGGAACCAGACCAUAUCCACCUUCUAUCUGCAUUGUGCUACCAGACUCUGUGAGAGUUCCGCCUGCAGUAGUCUUCGGCCGAAUUGUACGACAUCUGGGAGAAGAAAGAGGGGGGUGAAUUCAGAGCAAAACACCAUAGUAAGUGACAUGGCCACUGUCAGCUCUGGACCCAUCAUCACCUCAGUGGACAAUGGUGCAGAGUCACGACCGUUUUCAUCAGCAAACGAAGAGUCCCAAAAAAACAGCACAGUGUUCGGUGUAUCAGUAGCUGUUGGGAUGCUUGGCACACUCUGCGUCACCCUGCUGGCAGUGAUUAUCUACCGGAUGCACAGGGGCAAGUCUGCUAACGCUGCAGAGAACAGCUUCUUCCAAUGAGCAUACUCACAAAGACAGAGGUGCUGAACUGGGCCUAGCUAUUGCAUUUCAGAAUUUCCUAAUAUAUUAUAAGGACAAAAUACAUUCCACAUGUCCAGUGCCUUCAUGGAAUUCACUCUGUUGAACUGCUGGGGAUGCUGGAGUUAAUGAAGUUGGAGUAUUAAUUAUUGGACAUUAAAGAAAUGCUGUUUUUUUAGUUUAAUCUCUGUUUGUAACAUAUCAAUUACCAGGUCGGUACCAAAAAUAACAGAACAGUCAUACCUUGCAAUAAUAGAUUAAAAUACACAAUACCAUACUUUGCUUUGAGAAUAACAGUAUUUGGCAUGCUUUUUAGUACAAGCUAUACAUAAUUAAACAAAAAAAAUGAUUACUCUCAUCUAGAUCAGAUUCUGAAACUUUACUUUCAGUAACUACAAAACUUUCCAAACACCAGCCUGGUUACAGGAAACCUGUGAUGCUUGAAAGGAACACAAGUGACAAAUAGAAGUGGAGGCUUAGUCACUAAUUUUCUCUUACAUGAAAUUUGUACUAUAACCAGACAUAACUACAUAUCUUUUUUUUUUUUUGCAUGCAGUUUUUAUAUAAAAUAAAUAAGCUAUGUGUAAAUGUUGAGAUUCUUCUGCAUGUUUAAUCAUUGACUAUCUUCUGUUGUCACACAAUGUUUUGUUGUAGAAAGUGCAUAAAAAUACCUUCAGUUAUCCAAAUAAAACAUUAAAUACCAA